CCGAGAGAGAAAGGAGGUGCGUCUUGUCGCGUUUCGGUCGCUGUGCUUCGGGAGUCACGUGGAGAAGCUGUAUCCCAAGGAUUAUUUUUGUGUUUCUCGAGUUACUGCGUGAUUUGUUGUUACGUUAUCUGUGUUCUACGAAGAGGCUUAAAAAUGAUCGUGGACCGAUUGUCAUUAUGGUAGAAAAGAAAUCUUUGCAAGACGGAGAUAACACUGUAACAUGUACGAUUGUGUGAGAAAACAGUGCUUCAUAAUGGGAAUUAUUUUCAUCUUUUGUGUCCUGGGAUUUGUCGCGGCAAACGAAGGAGGGCCGCCUGUCAUCACGGAGCACCCGAGCAACGUGGUGGCGCGGCGCAACGACCCCGCCACCCUCAACUGCGCCGCCUCCGGAGCCAGCCGCAUCCGCUGGUACCGCGACGGCGAGGAAGUGACCACGUCGACGGUAGACACCCGCUCCCACCGCGUCCUUCUGCUGUCGGGCUCUCUCUUCUUCCUCCGCGUCACCGCCACCAGGAGGGACAACGAUGCCGGAACCUACUGGUGCGUCGCAUCCAACAGCUACGGUGCCACGCGCUCGCGCAGUGCCACUCUCACGGUCGCGUUCCUCGCCGACGAAUUCCAAGCUGAGCCGCAGUCGUCGGUAAAGGUGCGGGUGGGCGAGCCCCUCAUCCUGCCCUGCCAGCCGCCCAAGGGAUCGCCGCCCCCCGAGCUGACCUGGCUCAGAAACGGGGAGGAGGUCACGAAUUCAAGUCGGGUCAAUGUGCUGGCAGCGGGAGACCUGGUCAUCAGCCAGGUCGUGGAGGAGGACUCGGCGGUGUACAUCUGCCGCGCCCGGAACGCGGCCGGGAGCAGGGAGUCGGAGCCCUCCAAGGUCAUCAUAAUGACGCCGCCCUGGUUCGAGGAGCGUCCGGCGAACGUGACCGUCGCGUCGGGCGUGGUGGUGGAGCUGGCGUGCCGCGCCCGAGGCUCGCCCACGCCCACGGUCACCUGGCGGCGUCUCGACGGCAAGAUGCCGCUCGGCCGCGCUAUGAUCGAGGACCAACGGCUGGUGCUGGACCACGUGGCGGCUGCUGACUCCGGCGUGUACGUGUGCGAGGUGGAGAGCGAGGCGGGGAUCGCCGCGGCCCGGGCCACCCUCACAGUCGUUGACGCCCCCGAACUGACGCAGAAACCCCAGGACGUCCAGGUGGUGUCCGGCGAGAGAGCCAAGCUGUCGUGCGUCGUGAACGGCGACCCGAAGCCCUUGGUGCUGUGGCGGCUGCCCGACGCGGACAAGACGGCGCUCCUCUCGGCGGGGCAGACGAGCGGCCGCGCGUCCGUCGACGGGAGCAGCCACACGCUGCUGCUCCAGGACGUGACCACGGAGGACAGCGGAGCUUAUCACUGCUGGGGAAUCAGCAACGGUGGGGGCGUGACCGCGCGGGCGGAGGUGACGGUGGUGUCAGCCCACCCACCUCCCGUGGUGGGCGUGGGGCCUGAGGAUCUGAAACUUGUUCCUGGCAGUAUCGCCUCCUUCCCUUGCGAGGCCGUCAGCGAAGCCGCAACGCCCACCAUCACCUGGUGGUACCGCCCAGCCGCCCACCUCCCUGCCCGCCAGUUGACAGAUGAAGGCGACGACGCCAGGAUCUCUCUUCCCACUAACGGCGCCCUCAUCCUGAAGGAUGUCCGCGCCGACGACGCUGGGAUCUACACAUGCCACAUCACCGCGGACACCGGCAGCGUGGAGCAGGCAGCGAUCCUGCGCAUUGUGGACGAGCCUUCCCUUCAGGAAUCGUUCCUGCUUCCCGCUCCCCCGUCGAAGCCGCGAGUGGUGGCCAUCAACGAGACCGCGGUGCGCCUCAGCUGGCUGCCGAACUCUCGAGUCAGUGAGAGCUCGAGUCAGUCAUACACUGUGGAGUACUGGCGCCAGGGAUGGGAGGAGUGGCGCGUGGCGGAGGCUCUCAUCCCUCAGGAAACCUGCGUAAUAGGAGAUUUAGCCCCAGGGUACACCUACACAUUCCUAGUUCGCGCAGUUGCCGAAAGAGGAGCGUCCUUCCCUAGCCCCUGGUCCGACCCGGUUAGGACCCGCUCCCCCCGCGACCCGGCGCUCUCCGAGGACCAUCCGCUGCGGCUUUGCGCCCGCGUUCGACGCGUCACUGUCUGCACGAGACCGCGUUGUCUUGACCCUUGGGGUUACUCUCUAGAGGAAUGCCACGCCUAG